AUGCUGAUUACACAAGCAGUGGAACAAGAUACACGAUCAGUUCUCAUGACUGUAAUGAAUGGAUUGAAAUUUCAAUGUACUAAUACAACUUGUACACCGUUUCUUAAUCUCAAUACAAGAAAUGUUCUUACUUGUCAAAUGGCUUGUUUAGCUCAAACUGAGUGUAAAGCAGCUACUUUUCAUUUACUAACUUCGAAUUGUGAAUUAUUUACUGAUAUGUCAAAUCAAAAUGUAAAUAUGCUGGCUGAUUUGGAUACUGUUAGUAUGAAUAUUAUUAGUGGAACAAGAUUUCUACCUGAAACAACUGUAACAUCAGUAGCAUCAUCGUCAGGAUCGUCAACAACAUCAUCCCCGAUAUCCACAACAUCAUCGUCAACAUCCUCCUCGACAUCAACAACCACGACAGCAGCACCAGGAUGGAUACCUACAGGAAACAUGAAUGUCACAAGAGCAUAUCAUACAGCAACUGCACUAGGAAAUGGAAAAGUAAUAGUUACUGGCGGACGCAAUAAUAUUAGUUAUUUCAAUAGUGCUGAACUAUAUGAUUCAACAACAGGUAGUUGGACAAAUGCAGGAAACAUGAAUGUCUCACGAGCAUAUCAUGUGACAUCUCUGUUACGAAAUGGGAAAGUAUUAGUUAUUGGUGGGUUUACUGGUAGUAGUUAUCUGAAUAGUGCUGAAUUAUAUAAUUUCACAACAGGUAACUGGGCAAGAUAUCAUACAGCAUCCAUAUUAGGAAAUGGAAAAGUACUAAUUACCGGUGGAUCUAAUGCUUAUUAUCUCAAUAGUGCUGAAUUAUAUGAUCCAACAACAGGCACUUGGACAACUAUAGGAAAUAUGAGUGCAGCACGUCGAAUGCAUAUAGCAUCCAUACUAGGAAAUGGAACAGUAUUAGUUACUGGUGGAUAUAAUGGUAUUAGCUACCUCAAUAGUGCUGAGCUCUAUUGA